GCAAAGUAACGGGUCCCGGACAGAAGUUUGUGCAUGAACGAGUUUGCGAGGCCGCAUUUUAAAAGAGUUUGUAGAGCUGUCAGAGAAGUGACAAGUUGAGGGGGUUUGGAUCAGGGACACAGAGGGAGGGUCGUCGCAACCGCGGGAGGUCCACAAGCUUUUCAACGCACUCCAGUGAUGGCACCAAUAACGGCAGAUGGAUUUGCUUUCCGUGUUUAAGUAUGACAUCUCCGCUUUAAAGGUGUCAUACAUAUUGUGAACCCUAGUCGAUGGAUUUAUUACCUUCAAUACAAGAAUAUUUUACCUGCACUUUCUCCAUAGGCUAAAUCUUGAAGCAUGGGCGACUGGAGCUUUCUGGGGCGGCUGUUGGAGAACGCUCAGGAGCACUCAACGGUCAUCGGCAAAGUCUGGCUGACUGUCCUCUUCAUCUUCAGGAUCCUGGUGCUGGGGGCUGCGGCUGAAGAAGUCUGGGGUGACGAGCAGUCCGACUUCACCUGUAACACCCAACAGCCUGGAUGUGAGAACGUCUGCUAUGACGAGGCCUUCCCUAUCUCGCACAUCCGCUUCUGGGUGCUGCAGAUCAUCUUUGUGUCCACGCCAACUCUCAUCUACCUGGGCCACGUGCUGCACAUCGUCCGCAUGGAGGAAAAGCGGAAAGAAAAGGAGGAGGAGAUGCGCAAGGCAAACAGGUUCCAAGAGGAGAAAGAACUCCUUUAUAGAAAUGGUGGCGAUGCUGGGGGAGGAGGCGGCAAAAAGGAGAAGCCGCCAAUCAGGGACGAACAUGGCAAAAUCCGUAUCAGAGGGGCAUUGCUGCGUACCUAUGUGUUCAACAUUAUUUUCAAGACCCUGUUUGAAGUGGGAUUCAUUUUGGGCCAGUAUUUCCUCUAUGGCUUCCAGCUGAGGCCCCUGUACAAGUGUGCACGUUGGCCCUGCCCCAACACCGUUGACUGCUUCAUAUCAAGGCCCACUGAAAAGACUAUUUUUAUUAUAUUUAUGCUUGUGGUGGCUUGCGUGUCUCUUUUGCUGAAUUUGUUAGAGAUCUAUCACCUUGGAUGGAAGAAAGUUAAACAAGGCAUGACCAAUGAGUUUGCCCCUGACCAUGAGUCGCUGCGCCGCGUCGACAUUGCAGAGCCUGAGUGUUUGGCCUCGGCCUCCAGAACUGCCCCAUCCAGCCUCAGCUACCCUCCCAACUACACAGAUGUGACAGCGGGCAGCGGGGCAUUCCUGCCGCCCAUGGGGCCAGCCGCCGUGCCCUCAGCCGCAGAGUUCAAGAUGGACGACCUCCAGCGGGAGGAGUCCCUCCAGUCCUCCCCCUCUUCCCACUACUACAUCAGCAACAACAACAACCACAGGCUGGCCACUCAGCAGAACUGGGCCAACCUGGCCACCGAGCAGCAGACUCGGGAGAUGAAGGCCACCUCCCCUUCCCCAUCCUCUUCUUCUGCCACCAGCAACGACAAUGAGCAGCAGCAGAGCGUCAGUGCCGCUCUGCUCCUUCCCACCAGCAACACCACCAGUAACACCAACAUUACCAACACAACUGCCAAUGCUGCCUCCAGUGGCAGCAGCCCUGGCAACACCUCUAACGCGGGCAGCUGGGAUGGGGGAAAGAGCGAGCAGGAGGAAGGGCACGUCACCACCACCACAGUGGAGAUGCACGAGCCUCCAGUAACGGUCAGCACAGACCCUCGGCGGCUCAGUCGGGCCAGCAAGAGCAGCAGCAUCAGGGCCAGGCCGAGCGAUCUGGCUGUCUAAAUCCAUUCAGCUCUUUCAUGUCCCUUAAACCCUUCUUGAAUAACACCCCACUUUCCUCACCCCAAGCCCAAACACAAUCACAAAUGUGUAAUAAGCAGGAAAAAAAACAAUCAAACAAAACAAAACACGGCAAAGAAACGAGAGACAGGAAAGCAGAAAAGUCAAGAAAAUGUUUAGGGCAAAUGUGAAAUGACUGAACCAGUAGCUGUUGUUGAUUUAGUGCAAUCGGUGAGUUGCAGUAUAGUUGAGGCAAGGUUUGGUUUUUCUUGAUCAAUAGUCUAUAUUUAUGCACAAAAUAUGUGACCAUGCACUUCUACAAAGUCAGGAGGCUCCGGCAACAGCAGUGGAUGGAGUGAAGGACAUUGUGAUCUAUUAAUUUUACAUAAAAAAAUGGACACAUCUCACCAACAUGUUUGAUUUCGGGGAGGGGAUCCUGUGGUGUUUCUCUAUUUUUUUCUUUUUGUUGAGCCACAAAGGACUAACUAUUCCAAAUGUAAGUGAUCAUUGGAGAGCAGCGACUGAAUAUUUUGGAUUUUAUCUGGAGGAAACUGAGACAGCUGGCACUGAAGCACAGAUCACCGAAUGUGUAGCCCAGCAACUUGCUCGCAUAUCUUGGUCCACAUUUUUAUCUGUUUUCAUUGUCGAAUUUGCAGCACAAACAUGCACGGUGUGUUCCACCACGUGUCAAGAGACCUGGAAGGUCUCCCUGCGGUUCAUGAAUUCUACCGACUUAUUUGUUGCGCUGAAAAUAAUUCAUCCAGAAUGCCGUUUCAUCAACCGACAUUACGUGUAUUGUGUUCUGUGUAGUUGUGCACGCCAGCAUGUGUAGUCCCACAACUCACCGAUUCACUGACGCAUUUGCAUGGCAAAGUUGGCUAGCUAGGAUCUGCCCAUGACCCACUGCAGUGCUUCCUACAAAGACAGUAAAUGUUAUGAUGAGAUGGAAAUGGAUAGGAACUUACUUUGGUAAUUUUCAGAGUCCUUGGAUUAAAGAGAACUAAGUGAAGUGUGGACAGGAUAUGGGUUAAAAGUGCUAUGUGCUAUGUGCAGAGUACAUCUGGGUCUCUCUGAGCACUACAUUGCCAGUAAAACAGACACCAAAACGAGGAAAGUAGGAGCCCCUUACACCUGCCUGUGUCAGUGUCACCAUUAGUCGACAUAUGUGAAAAAAAAAAUGCUCUCAACUAACUGCACAGAUACAAGAUAUCGCCUUCAGAGGCUUUUCAAAACAAAUACCUGGAAGCCAGCAUGUGAUAUGAGAUUCACCUCGAUAGUUCAGACACACAAACCUUCCAGAGCUCUUCGGUGAGAUUUGGAACCAGUUUUGUUAGAUUGUUGCCAGACAUUUUUACCUUUAACUUUCUCUUUUUAAAUCAUCACAUCUAAAGAUUGAGAGCAACUUUUGGGAUAUAAAUGAUUUU